CGCAGUCUACCGCACGACACCGACAGUCGCGCGCGUCUUUAUCGAUAGAACUUACAAUUUUUAACCUUACAACUAUCGUAACAGGACACAAAAUCAGUUUUUAUCGACAAUCGUGUGAAGUUGUUGCAAGUGCUGUGUUUGUAAAAUUUAAUAGAAAGUUAACUUUUCAUUAAAGAAAGUGUGAAUGAACCAAUUGUUUUGUAUUUAACAAGUCGUACCAGGAAGACAUUUUAGUGUGGUCGUGAAUGCCGGGCCGUAUGGAUGGCGACGCAAGUCUGGCGCUCGCUCGCCCUGUUGCUGUUUACCACGUCGCUUGUUAUAGCUAGAUAUGCGGAGCUAGAGGCAUGGCGGGGCGCGGGGAGGCCGGCCACCGCGGCGCAGGAGGCGGAGGACGAGCGCAGAGACGCCGAACUGCUAGCAGCAGUUAGGAACUCCUUACACCAAUGGGAACUCAAGAAAGCACGCACGAGGACGAAGAGGUCCCAGGGCAGCGUCUGCUACGGGCAGUUCGGAUGCUUCGAAGACUCGGGGCCCUUCGCGUACCUGGAGACGCUGCCCAGUCCGCCACAGGAGGUCGGCACCAACUUUCUCAUGUAUUCUACAAUGAACAGAGGUGAUCAGCCACUAAUGUCGGUAUCGGCGGCCAAUAUGUCGGCGGCGUGGAGCUGGGCAGAACGCGCUUUCGACUCCUCCAAGCCGACCCGCAUCAUCGUGCACGGCUUCGGCUCCAACUGCGACAACGUCUGGGUAUACGAAAUGAGAUCCGCAUUGAUGGCCGUUGAAGAAUGUAACGUAGUGUGCGUGGAUUGGGAGGGCGGCGCUUCGAUGCCUAACUACCUGCGCGCCGCCGCUAACACCCGACUCGUGGGCAAGCAGCUCGCCAUGAUGCUGCAAGGAUUAGCUGAACACAUAGAUUUGAAGUUUGAAGACGUCCACUUAAUUGGAUUUAGUUUGGGAGCCCAUGUCGCUGGCUUUGCGGGCUCCGAACUGAGAAACAUAAGUCGAAUAACAGGUCUCGAUCCUGCCGGGCCACUAUUCGACUUCCAAGACCCUCGGGUGCGCCUCGAUAGCACGGACGCCAAGUUCGUAGAUGUGAUUCACUCCAACGGGGAGACUCUUAUCCUGGGCGGGCUGGGAGCCGCACAGCCGCUGGGACAUGUCGAUUUUUAUCCCAACGGCGGACGAGUGCAGCAUGGAUGCUCUAAUUUGUUCGUGGGCGCAGUAUCUGACUUGGUGCUGCCGUGGGCGGCUGCGUCUGCGGAGGGCCGCUCGCUGUGCAACCACCGCCGCGCCUACAAAUUCUUCACCGACUCUGUAUCACCCAAGUGCCACUUUCCCGCUUUCCCCUGCUUAGACUACGACACCUUUCUUGAGGGUCGAUGUUUCCCAUGCAGCGAGGAGCGGCGAUGCGGCAACAUGGGCUACUAUGCGGACCGCUCGCUAGGCCGCGGUCCUCUGUACUUAGUCACACGAGAGGAAGAACCCUUCUGUGCUCAUCAGUACCACGUGUCAGUGUGGGGCGCUACUGAGCCCGGAGAAAAGACGACCUAUGGCAAAAUUACCUUAACUUUACAUGGUGACUCUGGCCUCAAUGAAUCUUUCCCUAUGAAUAAGCGCGAGAACAAUCAGGUGGGGCGCUUGCACUUCUCCCGCGUGCUCGUGCCGCACCCCGCGCUGGGCGUGCCCCUACGCGUCACGCUACACUACGCCGCCUACUCGGGCUGGUUGACAGCAGGCGCCCGCGCUGUCCGCCUUCACAAGUUCCUCAUCACUGACAGCUUCGGCAAGACGUCAUCUUUCUGUAAACAUGUGAAGUUGACGACAGAUGAAUCAGUUAGAUUACCGUUAUAUCCCGGUGAUUGUCCCAUGCUACAGGAUAACGAAUCGGACAACGCCACAGUGCUAGAUGAGAACAUUAAAGAAGACAAAACCAAAGAACCUUCAAUAGAUGUUCUCGAUAACGAACUUCCUGAAGAUCCACCGAGAACAUCUUUCGUUCUAGUCGAUAACUACGAGUGGGACAGCGUCACCGACACCGGCCGCGCCUUCGGCAUGACCAACACGAAGACAGCGCCGAAUGGCAUAGUCGAAAUUGCAGAACCCGUUCUACGACCGCGACCUCGCAAAACGCCGCGACAAAGGAUCGACAUUGCUGACGAAAGUCCUGAAAUAUCCGAACCCCUUUUAAGACCGACUCGACCCCCGCGUCAAACCCCACCUUCCUCUCGGAAACCUAAAAACUAUGACGUGACGACUCCUACUUACGAAACAUAUUCGUUGAGUGCGACUACUGAAAAAGAAGAAUUGGGAUUUGCAGUACAAUUCCUACCAUCGAGACUCGCGUCAUUUAUAUCGAGGGCCGAGCGAUACGCGCGGGACACCUUGUUGCCGCUGGUGUCAGCUUACGCACCGCGGUUGCCGAUAUUCGGGGCACGGGAGCUGCUGAAACCUACAGCCAAAUACAUUCCGACAGAGGACGGGAACGUAACGAGCUCCGUGCCGGUGCCUACACCGACGCUGGAAAUGAAGAUCGAAUCCCUUAGGAACAUGGGCCCACCCGGCGAGAUGCGCGAGAUCGAGACUCCCGAGGACCCCGAUAUUCCGGUGGUGAUAUCAACGACUACCACCACAUCUACCACCACCACUCCGAGCACGACCACGACUGAUAAAUUGCGGCCGGCACCCACGGAGAUGCUGCAAGUGAUCCCAGGGCCCGUCGUCACCACCAGCACCGCUCUGCCACCGGUCGCCUUACACAGCGCCGGGGAGAAGAUACUCAUAGUCUACCCGAGCAACGCUAGAGAAGAAAGGAAAAUAAAAUCACAUUCGGUAUCUGAGGAGAUGCAGUUCGAAGCGUUGUACAGACACAUCGCCGAGCCGGAGGUGAGAGUCGACUUGCCCACAUUUCAUCCUCCCACCUCGAGCCCGGACCCGAGCUCCACCGUGCAAUCGAAAGGUGACUCGAGAUUUAUCCCAGUGCCGUUCUUACAAAAAACCGACCUUAAAAAUUCACCUGAACUGAACCCAACGUGACUGACUGAACUUUCUACUUGAGACAUGAAAAACAGAAAUAACUCAAAAACGUUGAUAUCCGCCACACCGGUACAAAGACCUGCCCGUCUUCUUUGGUUUUGAAUAAUGUAAGCCUUGAAAAAACUGACAUGUCGAAAGCACGUUGUUAAAAUGUUUAUAUUUAAUUCUUUAUAUGUACAUAAGUUUAGUAUGACGUGUAGGAGAAUAAGAA